AUGGAUUCAGCUUCAGUAAUUCUCCUGCAAUUUGCUCCCUUGUGGCUCAGUCAUUUUUGCAUGCGCGGGAGGAAGAAGGCCAGCUUCAUGGUGGAUGCUUCGGAUAUUCAAGAGGGGUGGCUGCAGCAAAACCUGGAGAUAUAUCUGGAGCAGGCUUUGGAGGAAGCCCACCAGCAUUUCAUCCGACCAGUGGGCAGGGAGGAGGCAGAGGCCAACACUGCCAGCACGGCCUUUGAUCUGCAAGCCAGCCAAGCAGCCUCGCACAUCCCAGGCAGCCGAGUAGUGAUAGUCACCACUGGCUCAGUGUGGGAUCAAAAAGGACAAAGCCAUUCGACACUCAACACGCACAUGGAGAGUGUUGACUUCCUGAUCAGCGAGGAGGCCCAACAAGACAUGGAUCUGAAGUCGGCAUUUGCUAGAGGACUUGAGAGCUCACAGAACGCUCCUCCUCAAAGCUCCGAUAGGGCUGCGAGCCCCUCAUGCCUGGUAUACUGCUCCAUCACUGCCAAGGUUUCAGCCAAGACGACAUCGAGCAGGCUGCAGACACUGUCAGUCGAGUGCCGCUGGGGCACACCUGGUUCCGACCAGAAGGUGCGGUAG